UUCGCGGGCCCUGCCCGCCCGGCAGAGCCAGCCGCGAGCGCUCCGCGACAGUGCCGGGGCCAUGGGGACUCCGCGCCGCCGGCCGCGGGUCGUUCGCGGGCUCGAGCUGGGACGGCUGCUUCUGCUGCUGAGCGUGCGGGCCCCGGGCCGCGCCUCCCCGCGCCUCUUGGACGCCCCAGCUCCGGUCUGCGCGCAGGAGGGGCUGAGCUGCAGAGUCAAGAAUAGUACCUGCCUGCAUGACAGCUGGAUCCACCAUCAAAACCUGACCCCAUCUUCCCCCAAACAUGUCCAUGUACAGCUGAACUUUUCGUCCACCCAGCACGGAGACCUGGUCCCUGUGUUGCAUGUCGAAUGGACACUGCAGACAGACGCCAGCAUCCUGUACCUCAAAGGAGCAGAGCUGUCCAUCCUGCAGCUGAACACCAACGAACGGCUAUGUGUUGAAUUUGAGUUUCUGACCAAGCUGGAGCAUCAUUAUAAGCGGUGGCGGUUUUCCUUCAGCCACUUUGUGGUAGAUCCUGGUCAGGAGUAUGAGGUAACAGUUCACCACCUGCCCAAGCCCAUCCCUGAUGGAGACCCGAACCACAAAUCCAAGAUCAUCUCUGUGCCUGACUGCGAGGACCCCAGGAUGAAGAUGACUACGCCAUGUGUGAGCUCAGGCAGCCUGUGGGAUCCUAACAUCACUGUGGAGACCUUGGACACCCAGCAGCUGCGAGUGAGCUUCAUCCUGUGGAAUGAAUCCACCCCCUACCAGAUCCUGCUGGAUAGUUUUCCACACUCAGGAGAUCAAAACUGCUUCGAUGACAUCCAGCAAAUACCUGCGCCCAGACAAGAGGAAUUCCACCAGCGAGUCAAUGUCACGCUCCCUCUAAGCAAGUCUAGCUGGUGCUGCCACCACCAUGUGCAGGUCCAGCCCUUCUUCAACAGCUGCCUGAAUGACUGCUUGAGACACGCUGUGACUGUACGCUGCCCAGAAAUCACAGAGGCUCCAGUUUUCCUUGCAGACUCUAUUCCCCUGUGGGUGUAUUGCUUCAUCACGGUCAUCGCCAUUCUGCUAGUGGGCUCUGUCAUCCUGGUGAUCGUCUGCAUGACCUGGAGGCUCUCUGGAUCUGCUCAUGAGAAACAUGGUGAUGACUCUAAAUGCAACGGCGUCUCCCCUGGAGCUGACUUGACUCCCCCGCCCCUGAAGCCCAGGAAAGUCUGGAUUGUCUACUCUGCUGACCACCCCCUCUAUGUGGAGGUGGUCCUAAAGUUCGCCCAGUUCCUAAUCACUGACUGCGGCACUGAAGUAGCCCUGGACCUCCUGGAAGAGCAGGUUAUCUCAGAGAUGGGGGUCAUGACCUGGGUCAGCCGACAGAAGCAGGAAAUGGUGGAGAGCAACUCCAAAAUCAUCAUCCUGUGCUCCCGAGGCACCCAGGCCAAGUGGAAGGCCAUCUUGGGUUGGGCUGAGCCUGCUGUCCAGCUACGGUGUGACCACUGGAAGCCUGCUGGGGACCUUUUCACAGCAGCCAUGAACAUGAUCCUGCCCGACUUCAAGAGGCCAGCCUGCUUUGGCACCUACAUUGUUUGCUACUUCAGUGGCAUCAGUAGCGAGAACGACGUCCCUGACCUCUUCAACAUCACCUCCAGGUACCCACUCAUGGACAAAUUUGAAGAGGUUUACUUCCGGAUCCAGGACCUGGAGAUGUUUGAACCUGGCCGGAUGCACCAUGUCAAAGAGCUCACCGGGGGAAAUUACCUGCAGAACCCUAGUGGUCGGCAGCUCAAGGAGGCUGUGGUUAGGUUCCAGGAGUGGCAAACCAAGCACCCUGAUUGGUUUGAGCGGGAGAACCUCUGCUUAGCAGGUGACCAAGAUCUCCCAUCCCUGGAUGAAGAAGUGUUUGAAGACCCACUGUUGCCACCAGGGGGAAGAAUUGUCAAACAACAGCCCCUGAUGCAGGAGCCUUCUGAGGGCUGCCUGGUGGUAAAUGUCUGUGUCAGUGAGGAAGAAAGUGGAGCAGCAAAGCUUGAUCUGCAGCUGCCGCCACAGAGAGAACGAGUGCCUCAGACCCUCCAAACCAUGGUGCUACCAACAGAACAAGUGCCUGCAGCUCACGUGGUGGAGCCUGUCCCUCUUCCCGAUGGCAAUGGAGCUGCUACCCAGCUGACCCUGGCAGAGGACAGCGAGGCCUGCCCCCUGCUGGGGGCCCAGAGGAGCAGCAUCCUCUGCCUCCCCGGGGCGGAUUCUGAUGACUCGCCUCUGUGUAGCACCCCAGUGAUGUCACCUGACCCUGACCACUGCCACAGUGAUGCAAGAGAGCAGCUGGAGAGCCUGAUGCUCUCGGUGCUGCAGCAGAGUCUGAGUGGACAGGCCCAGGAGAGCUGGGCGAGGCCCGCGGUGGUCCUCAAGGACCCCUGCACGCCCACUGAGGAGGAGCAGCGGCAGUCAGUGCAGUCAGACCAGGGCUACAUCUCCAGAAGCUCCCCUCAGCCCCCUGACUGGCUCACAGAGGAGGAAGAGCUAGAAGUGGGCGAGGCAGCUGAGCCUCUGUCUCCUGAGGCCCUGCAGAACCUGAGGAGCCUCCAGCGGCAGCUCUUCUUCUGGGAGCUGGAGAAGAACCCUGGCUGGGACAGCUUGGAGCCACAGAGACCAGCCACAGAAGAGCAGGCUCCCUCCUAGGGCCUCCCGAUGCUGUACCUAAAGGAUGUGUGUUGUGCUGGUGUGUGUAUGUGUGUGUGGGCAGCUCCUGCCUUUGAGAUGUGGCUCUCUAAGUCUGACAGAGUGGUGUAUACCCCAAGUCCCAGCACUUGGGCCUGAGACCUGAUGAUCUCCUGAACCCAGGGGUUCGGGGCCAGUGUGGGCAACAUAGCAAGAACUCAAAAAAAUAAAUGUGGACAUUUUGAUUCUGAUACCUAGGCAACUCCCCCGCCCCACUUACUUCAUAUGAACAUCUGGUCAUUUCAUUAUCACACAAGAAUCCACAGCCUGCUUCCAGCCAAGUGGGUCACUCAUUCCUGGAGCAUCUUUUCUGUACCUACUGUACAUCAGGCACUUGGGAUUAAAAAACGAGUUACAUGACACAGCCUUGGCCACCAAGAAGCUUAUGAACCAGCAAGGAUGAAAAAUUAGCCAUCGCCGGUGGUGGUGGCGCUCGCCUUUAAUCCCAGCACUCGGGAGGCAGAGGCAGGCGGAUCUCUGUGAGUUCGAGACCAGCCUGGUCUAUAAGAGCUAGUUCCAGGACAGCCUCCAAAGCCACAGAGAAACCCUGUCUCGAAAAACCAAAAAAAAAAAAAAAAAGAAAAGAAAAGAAAAAUUAGCCAUCAUGGUAAUCUCAGGCAUGAGGCUGAAUAGAGGGCGCUGCUGCCCUGGGCUGCAAAAAAAAACAAAACAAAACACAAGAGCCUGAGGGGUGAGGUCUGGGCAGAGAAACUGCUUUCCUGGGAGGGAAGCAGCUUGUGGAUCCAGCAUUAUGAAGGAGCCAGCGCUCAGGGUGGAGAGAACUUUGUGGGCCUAGGGUGGGAGCAGCUGGGGACUCAUUCACAAGCAGGUCUGUUGUCCUGUGGGGGAGGGAACUGCGUGCCAAAUAUACCCAGAAGUCUUCUCAGAUCAGUUUUGUAGAAAGAGUCAGGAUGGAAAUGGGGAAUGCAAAACUUAAGAAGCAGGAAGAGGCGUGCGAAAUCCUGAGCUCAAGCGCUGGCAGCCAGUCUGUGGGAGGGCUGUGGUGUGUGAAAUCCUGAGCUCACAGCACUCAGAGUGCUGGCAGCCAGUCUGUGGGAGGGCUGUGGCGUGUGAUUCUUCAUGGACUGCAGUCAACUGAUCCCAGCAGCUUGGGGCCCAAGACCCCUCGGCUCUACCUCAGGGUAUAGUAAUGGAGUAAAGUAAGAUACAGGGGCAGUGUGAUGGGGGCAUGGCAGUGGCAAACACAGCAGGCCCUCUGAGAUCAGAGGAAAGUAUGUCACUCUAUACCUUAGGUGUGAGGAGAGGUUGUUGAAUGUAGCUCAUGGGGGCACCCUCUUGGGGCAGAUAGCAGGCUUGGGUCCUAGAGAAUACACAGGUGUGCAUGCCCUGGGCCCCAUGCUGUCCACUGCCAAUGCCUCAGGCUUCGGGGGAGAAAAGACGGUGCAAUGCUGUGGGGCAAGCAGAAACAGUGUUCGCUUGUGUACAUAUGUGUGUACAGUAAUGAAAACCUAAUAAAGUUGUUAUGUUGGUAAGAA